ACGGAUUUCUCUAAGAUGCGUUUGAUUCUACAAAGAAUAGCUUUCUUUUAUAGUGUCCCUCUAAUGAUGUAGCCGGUUGAAUUCAUAAGAGGGGGAAACUUCUAAAUUUGGUCCAUCAUAUUUCCCAAGGGAACCACGGUAUUUGCAUCGUGGGGUCAUGUCGAACUUCUCUCAACGGAUCUAUUGAUUUGAAUCUGAAUAGAAAAGAAAAAUCAAUCGACGAGCUGGAAUAGAUGAAUACUAGUACAAUAGAAGAAAAACUAAAGUGGCUGGAGAAAUCAGUAUCAGUAGCAACCUUUUCCAGCAAUGGGGGGCAAAAUUCAAUGGAAAAAAGAAGACCACCCAGUGGAAGUAAUUGGCAGGCUAAGGCAAAACAGCCUAAACAAUGGGUUUGUGAUUCAGUUAGCUGACAACAAGGGUAUAAGAAUAAAAUCCGAAUCAGGACAGCACAUGGACUUUAGCCUAGAUGGGAUUUCAUGGAGUGAGGAGGCUUUGCAAACAUUCUAUGACAAGUACAUAAAAACAAGAGUGGAAGGAGUGAAGAGUGGAGGGAAAUGUACCAUUGUAUUGUAUGGAGCCACAGGAUCAGGGAAAAGUUAUACCAUGUUUGGGGAUACGAAAGAAGGUGGUAUUGCUUACAGAGCCCUGCAUCAUAUCAUGGACGAGGGAGAUGAGAUUGUGAAGGUUAGUGUUUUGGAGAUUUACAACGAGGAAGUGUGUGAUCUGUUGGCAAGGAGCUCGGCUAAGGGCGGUGCCAGUCCAAAGAGAGUCAGAUUGGAUGUGAGGGGCGGAAAGGUAAAAAAUUCCUGUUUAAUCAGUGGGAAGAAAGCAGAUGAUAUUGUUCGAGAUAUACAACUGGUUGAGAAAAAGCGUGUUGUCAAGAGUACCAACUGCAAUGAAAGGAGCUCCCGCAGCCAUUGCAUAAUUACAGUGGAUGUACCGUCAGUUAGAGGCCAGCUAGUUCUGGUGGACAUGGCUGGUUCAGAAAAUAUUGACCAGGCUGCCAUUGGAAUAGAAGCAAAAAUGCAGACAGGUAAAAUAAAUCAAGGGAAUGGAGCACUGAAAAGGGUUGUAGAGGCAAUAGCAAAUGGAGAUAAUUACAUCCCAUACAGGGACAGUAAGUUGACCAUGCUUCUCCAGGAUUCUUUUGAGGAUGACAAGGCUAAGAUUCUGAUGAUUCUUUGUGCAAGCACUGAUCCAAAAGACAUUUAUAAAACAAUUGGCACCUUGGAGUAUGGAUCCAAAGCCAAAUGCAUUGUUAAAUUACCUAAAUCUCCUGUCAAAGAGAAGAACAAGGCUACUGAUCAAGUGGUUUUGCAGAACAGAAUCAAUGUCAUGCUGGACUUGAUUGAAAGACUUCAAGCUGAGAAUCAGUUGAAAGAUGAAUUCAGAGAAAAGAUUGAAAAAGAAUUGAUUAUAAAGAACCAGCAAGUAGAGAAUUUGAAAAGCAGGGUAGCAAAUAUAGGAGGAGAGAAAUACCAGUUUUUGGAGUAUAUGGAGAAAAUACACGAGAAAUUGCUAAAAUUAAUCUACACAAUUGAAAUUAACAGACAGAUAAUAACAAAGAAAGAAACCAAAUUAUAUACAGAUAUGCAGGAACAUCAAGCAAAAAUAAGAGAGUUCAUCAAUAUGGUGCAAAGUAUAGAAGACGAGAUUAUAUGCAAGAUAAGUGACCACCAGCAUCAGAAGGGGCAUUCAAUCAAAUCAAAUAUGGCUCAAACUUCAUAUAGUUUGAUGGUCAAUUCCUGUACAAUUCCAAAUUGUCUUACAACAGAUGCCACUGGAAUAGGUAUUCCUCUGAUCUCCAGAAAAUCAGAAACAACUCUAGAAGCCGGAGCCUCUAAUGAAUUGCAAGUCCAGGUAGAUUCAGCCAUGUCCAAAGAUCCCAACAUUGCCUAUAAUGAGGGCAGUCAAAUUCUGUCCUGUAACAGCUUCAAGAAAAUGAUUGAUCUUUCAACUUGUCAUACAGAGGAUUCCUGUCCUGACACUAGACCCUGUGAACAUCAGCAAACAUCUGAAAAGAUUAGGCACAGGGAAGAUAACACUAAAAAACACAGCUUGAGGGAUUGGGAUGAAGAGGUUCAAUUUACGGUUGUGUGCAAUGAUUCAGAACACCAGGCUGUUAUUUGUCGAUCCUGUGAUCAAAUUGAUGAUUUAUCAUCUUUAUCUGAUAUAGAAAGUGAGGUGCUGGAGCCAAGUGUACAGGUCUGCAGUUCAGCAGAUCUACAUAUUCUGAAAGAAAGUAAUGAUGAGACAAAGCACCCUGCAUUUCCUUCUAAAGUCUUUCAUCAGGGUGACGAUGAUGUAAAGACGAAAAUGGAUAUAUGUAAUGGGGCCAACACUGUAUCAGUAAAAAGCCCAGAUAAAAGCUCUAUGUUAAGUGAUGUGGCCAGGAAUUCCACCUGGGUGCAGAGCUCUGGAACAAAUAAUUGUUUUGAUGUGGGUUGGACAGGUGGGAUAUCAUUCACAGGGUGGCUGCCUGCCAUACCUGAAACAUCUUUUGAAGGUGAAGAAGAUGGUGAGGUCUACAACGAGGAAUCUAAAGAAAAUGAUGAAAAAAGUCAUCAGGGAAUAGAAAAUGUUGAUAAAAAAGUUAUUGAGAGAGAGAAUAUGGCUGUCAACUCAAAAGGUGAAGCCAGUGAUUCAAAUAUGAUACUUGAUGGAUCUGGAACUGAUCCCUGCAAGACUGUUGUUCAUCUACCAAAUGAGGGGAACAUCUGUGAUCUGGCUUUAUAUUCCAAAACAGGCAGUGCCUCCAACUCAGAUGAAGAUCAUGAAUCACUGCAGAUGGAAAUCAAUCAUAAUGAUGAGGACAAUGGUUGUCAAGAAGCCGUGCAGAUUGACUGUGGGAACAGAAUACAUAUUGAAACACAAAAUCUUCAUGGUAAUAGCCUUCUUCCAACCGACUGUGAGAAUCACAGUUCUAUACAGAAAGUGCAGAAAGAAAUUCAAACCACUACACUAAACUUGGAAGGAGCCAAUGGGGAGAGGACACAUACAAGUCCAUCCCAGUCAGGCCAAAAACCACAAUUUUCUAAUGAUGAUUCACUCCCUUGCUAUGAAUUGGGUGUUGGUUUUGACAUUGAUGUAGAUGUUGACACUGCCACUAAACAGCACCCAAGAUAUAACCAUGAAGAAAUGGAGGAUAUGGAACUAGUAGACUCAUCAACAUCGUUGUCUGAAGGAAUUGAAGUUAUGGAACUGGAAGACUCAUCAACAUCAUUCUCUGAAGAAAUUGAGAUUGUGAAACAAGCAUGCUCGCCAAUAUCUUUUUCUAUGAGUCCAGGCAAGACUGAUCUUCCCCUGUCACAAACAAGGGAAUCAUCUGCCAGUAAUUUGGAUAAUGCUUGUGAUGUUGACGUGUAUGUUAAAUGGGGAAAAUCCACUGAAAAGCAGGAUAAGCUUAUAUGUAUUGUGUCUUUGCCAAAAACUGCGACCCUUGCUGAACUUCGGAAAGAGAUAACUCCUCGUAUAGCUCAUGCUAACAAGCAGUUCACGUUUCUUAUGCUGGGGGAAAACGGUGGAGGAGAGGUUGAACAAGAGAUAGAAAGUGAGCUGAGGGUAGGUUCAUUGCCAGACUGCUUGGAUCGCAAGGGAUGUCAUCUAGCUUGUUUACGCCCACCAAGAAGGAUCAAACUUUCCUUGCCACCUGACAGACUCUCCAAUCCUUUAGCCCAAAUUGAAAAUAAGAUUCCAAAUUCAACUCAAACCGUGGACAAGAAGAAAGGUUCAAAGUCUUCAAAUACUCCAACUGGUCCUUCUCUAAAUAAAGGUGGCCUGAGAACCCUGCUCAGCAAGAAGGAUAGGAGUAAAAUGACAUUCAAGGACAAAGCCAAACCUUUAUAUUUUCAAGAUCUCGCUUGCACACUUCUGAAUGGUGUAUAGUGUACCAUAAAAUAUUUGUAGUUAUAACAUGCUUACUCCCUUCUCCCAUGGGACAAAGUUAGUGGAAAACAAAAGAAAUGUUUCUUAUCAAUUCCUGCAAUAUGUUCAUGGUAGGCUCGUCAUAUGAUGGAAAGACAAUUGUUUCCUGUCAAUACAAGAAUUCAUCUCUCAGAAUUAGGUUAACGAACCUUACUCACAAAUGCAAAGUUAUGAGUAUGAUUUCUCAGGCCGUGUUUGAUCAAGUGAGGGUGUGCAGUAGGAAAGAAAUUUAUUGACUGUCUAGGAUUCAGAUGUUCUAGAGGAACGGGGACAUCAUUUUCUUUCACCAACCUGGUUUCAUGCAUUCAUGCCUUCUGUUUUCAUCUUAUGUUGACGAUCUGGCAGGCUUUUCCCUCCACCUUUGAGGCUGGAAGAAUUCAAAAAUUCCAAUUCGUUAUGAUUUUGGUUUCUUGUCUAGAUUGGUUGCAGCAUGGCAAGAAGGCAUGAGCAUGGUUUUGUAAUUUUGAAAUCAGUUAUCGACUUUUCUUAAAUUGAACUUUUUGUAAUAUAGGGUGGAAACCCAUUCUUAAUUUAAAAAAACAGUAACACUGGUUUUGAUUCA